AAAAAAAAAAAAAAAUGAGUUCCUUCCGUUCUUAUGGGGCACCUAUAAAUAAACUUCCCCCAGCACCUCUUUCACUUCAAUUCAUCAAAAAAAGACACCAUUUUCUCCUCUCUCUCUCUAUAUUCAAUUCAAUUAUGGCGUUUAAGAAAACCCUAGCCCAGCGGCUUCUCAACAUCACCAAAAUCUCCAAUUACCGCAUUUCCUCCUCCGAAGUUCGUUCUCCGAACCCGACAAAAGCCGACAUUGCUCCGGACCCCGGAGACAACCGCAGGUUCCUCCACAAGAGGACCGCCGUGUUCCCGCCGGAGCUCCGUCCGCCACCACCGGCCGGCAGCCUCCUCCAGAGGCUCCGGGAAAUGGACAUUUCGAAGAGCAGGAUCCGGCUCGACGGCCUCGCUCCGCCGGAGACAGAUCAACUAGUGGCGCCGGAACACGUGAGGAAGGUGAUCAGAGCGGUGCAAAUCGAAACGGUGAAAUCGAAGCUGAGAAAAGUUCCGCAGAGUUGCGUAAGUUAUUCAGAGUUCAUUCGAAUGUGCAGCGAGAAUUGCUCCGAUCAGGAGCAAGCGAUGAGCGUUGCGAAGAUCCUCGACGAUUCCGCGUCGGUUAUCAUCAUCGGAGACGUCGUGUUCCUCAGACCCGAACAGGUAGCACAAACCAUUCAAUCUCUUCUCACUGUGCCAGAACCCAAGAUGCAUGAAUCAGUAAGAAAAGAACUAGAAGAAUUGGAGAAGGAAAAAGCAACAAUCGACAACAAAGCAAACACAAUGGUUCGACGUGAGCUUUGGGCUGGGUUGGGCUUCCUCGUGGUGCAAACAGCAGCAUUCAUGAGGCUCACAUUUUGGGAACUAUCUUGGGACGUGAUGGAACCAAUUUGCUUCUACGUGACCUCAAUGUACUUCAUGGCUGGCUACGCGUUCUUCCUUAGGACCUCCAAAGAGCCUUGCUUUGAAGGCUUCUACCAAAGCCGCUUCAGCAGCAAGCAAAAACGCCUAAUGAAACUUCACAAUUUUGACAUUGAAAGGUAUAAUGAACUCUGGGCUAAGGCACCACCACCAUCGGCUCCCUCUUCAUCCAUUAUUGAUCCCUACCAAUUGGACCAAUUCCACAAAAAAUUGUAGUGAUUAUAGAAUACUAUAAUUGCACAAAUAUCACCCACCAAAUUAUGGGCAACCAUCAUCCACCUUUUUUUUAACAUCAUAGUCAUCACCAAAAUCCAUAGAGAGAAAAAAAAAUUAUAUAAAAAAAAGAGAGAUAGAGACAAAAAAAAAACGUUAUGAUUAAAGUGAGUGUUAGCAUUAGGCGCGGCUUGGUGUCCAAUAUAUGCAGAGUGAUAUAUCAAUUUUUUCUUUACCCUCCUUAAUUUCACCCUUUUAAAACAAAAUAAUAUUACAUAAACAUUUUCAACGUAAUGGACGUCAAUUUUAAUGUGUCGUGGAAGAAAAAAGAAGAUCGAUUUUCAAGAAAAUGAACGCCAAAUCGUAUGCCUUGCUCAACUACUUUGAUUUAACCAUAAAGCAUGGUCAAACUUUACUGUUCAAGCCUACUUUGAUGAACAAGAUGUUGGAGCAAGGAAGAGAGAAAGGUGAAGAGAGAAAAUGAGAAAGUUGUUGCACUAAGUUGUACACAGGUGCAUGAGAGAACAUAAGAAUAAUAGAGCCUUUUUCUUUAAUGGAAAAUUAAUUCUCUUUGUUUAUU